AUGUCAGAUGAGAAUUAUUUUGAAGAUUUUGACUCUGCACCAAUUGGUGAAGAAGAACCCAAUUAUGACGAUGAUGAAACUUUUGGUGAUGUUGGUCCAUUAAAUGAUGAAUGGGAAAAUCAACACAAUUUAUUAUCAGAAGAACAUGAAGCAUUUUUAAGCCAAAACAAAUUAAGAGAACCAGAAUUAAAUGGUAAAGAUAAAGAAGAUGAAAACGAGGAGGACGAUUAUGAUUAUUCACAAUCUGGAUUUACAAAUGGUGGUGGAAGAAAUGUUAGCCACUUUACUCAAUCUUCAACUACAACCACAACAACCACAACCACAACCACAAGAACAGCAGUUCCAUUACAGCCACAACCACACCUAAAUGAAGACUCACAUUUAGAUGAAGAUCAAAUCGAAUCAGUAUUUAAAAACGCAUUGGAUGACGAUCACCAACCAUACACCUCACCACAUUUACAAAACAACAACAACAAUUUAAAUAAUAAAAUGGUUGAAUUAAUGGGUGCUGUUUCAAUUAAUGAUACCCCAACCACACCACAAGCACCACCACAAUCAACAGCAGCAGUAGCUUCAUCAUCAACUAAAGGAAUGUCAUUAUCAGAUAUCGAAGCCAAAUUAUUUGAACAAUCUAGUGAGUCCUCAACCGCCACCACAUCAACAACCUCUACUACCACAACCACCAACACUACCAAUAUAACAUUAACUCCAACCAAACAACCAUCACAACAAAAAUCAAUCUCUUCACCAAAAAACAAUAAUGUACAAAAUAACAGAUAUACUAGACCAUUAACUCUUGGUGAUAUGAUCAAUAAACCUUCUUCUCCACAGCAACACUCCCCAAGAAAAUAUAAACACCAAAAGAACUCUGGUGAUAAGAAAUAUAUGACAGCUGAAGAAAUUCAAUCUAUUAAUAGAUUACAAGCCUACCAAAUUCAUUUUACAAAUCCAUUUAUUGAAGACUAUUAUUAUCAAAGAUUCAGAAUGAAACAAUCAGGUCCAACUCACAGCCACACUCCUAUCUGUGAUUCUACCCCAAAAACUGCACCAUCACCUAAAAAGACCGAUCCAUUAACCGGUGCACUUGGUAGAAUUCCAUCACAUUCAAUUAGAGCACCAAGACAAAUUUUACAAGUUAUUUUAAAUAGUGAUGAAGAAGACCAAGAAAAAAAUCAAAAUAGUGAUCCAACUAUUAAACUUAUUAUUGAAUCAGCAUAUAAUCAUAUUUUAGAUUUAGAAGAUAUUAAUGAAUUAAUUAAAAAUACAAAUAAUGAUUCAAUACUUUUACAAGAAUAUCAAAUUAAACAAGAACCAGUUUCCAGAGAAUUAUUUAAAUCAUUAUAUUUAGACCCAUUCCCAAGCUUUAAAUUUGAAUCACCAACAGCACCUGCACAAGAACCAAACCAAAAAUGGCCAUCAGUAUGCCACGAAGAUUUAUUAUUUGUUUCAUUAUGGGUAUUUGCAAAAGGUAGAAAAUUAUUAAAGAGAGCAUUCCCACUCUUGGGCGAGAAACAAUCUUUAUCAGGUCUUUUUGCAGUUUGUAGAAAUCUUCCAUUACUCUUAAUGUUACAUCUCCCAGAAGGAUCAGAAGAAUCAACCGAAGCAAUUUAUCAAAUCGUUUGUAAAUGGGUUAUGGAGGUACCAAUUAAAUUCUUUAUUUUAGGUUUCCACUUUUUAGUAAACUUUAACCAAAGUAAAUUCAUCAUUAAACUUUUCCAAUCUAAAGAAGGUCAAUCAGUAAUUCGUACAUUCUUAUAUAGAGGUUACUUGAUUUAUGAUCAAAUGUAUUUAGCUCAACAUCAUUUAACUCUUGAUCCAUUAGACCGUGAACAAUGGCGUGAUGUUUUCGAUCGUUUCUUCCAACGUUUAAAUGGAUCUUUCCAAACCAUUUUCCCAUUAAAUCAACAACCAUCAAUGCUUCUCUCUCAAAUUUUCCAAUUAUUAUUAGGUCAUUGUAACGAUCAACAAUCUCCACAAUUCCAUAUGGAAUUAGGUUUACCACAAAAUAUGGGUCAUCCACAACAUCCACCACCAUUAUCACCAUCACAACAACACUCAUCACCACAAAUGAACCAAAUGAACCAAAUGAAUCAAAUGAAUCAAAUGAAUAUGAACCAAAUGAAUAUGAAUAUGAAUAUGAAUCAAAUGAAUAUGAACCAAAUGAACCAAAUGAACCAACAAUUUUAUAACCGUUAA